GAACCAAAAAAAUCAACCUUUUUUUCCGUUUGUUUACUGAUACUCUCUGUUUCCUCUCGCCUUCCGCUCCCUGGAUCUCCAGCUCCAAGCCCGUGGCCGGAGAAUUCCGAUCCCAAGACCGGGCUGGCACCUAUCCCAAGGCCUCGUGCCUCCUUCCCACCGAUGCUGCACCUGAUCCCGUCCGGCUUGUGAAGCCGCGGCCUCUGGCGCCAAUUCCGGCGGCGGGCGGGAUGGAUUCCGGCGCCAACAGCGUCGGCGAGUCGGUGGGCGAGUCUCCGGCGCCGGAGCCGGAGCCGGAGGCGCGGCCGGCCGAACCGGUCACCAAGGGCCGCGGUCUCCGCCGGUGGCGCCGUAUCCCGCGCGAGCAGCAGCACCACGAGGGGUCCCCGGCGAGCCCCGGGACAGCCGGCGCCGGCAACGGCGCUGGCGCGGGCGUGGGUGAGGAUUUGGCGGCGCAGCUCCACAAGCGCCGUCUCGGCCCUGGCGCCGACGCUCCCAAGGGGAAACAGGACGCGGCCGUCGAGGAGGUGGAGAGCUCGGUCGCGUCCGUGGAGUCCAGCUUCGUGCCGCUGGACGCGUCCCCGCCGCCGGCGCCGACUAUGCUCGACCCGAAUCUCGGCCUCCUGAUCGCCACCGCCGGAUUCUCGCUGGGCGCGGGCGGCGCUGACUCGGACAACAGCGACGACCGCACCAGCAAGUUCUCCACGGCCGCCAGCGCGCCUCGCCACGACUUCUCGUCCGGCGGCUUCGGCCGGGAGCGCGACAGGGCGCGAUCCCGUGCCCCCGGCGGCGCUGCUCACGGCAAGAACCUCCGGGCUGCACGCGGGCGCGGCGCCAGUGCGCGCGCUGCCGCCUCCCCGGUGGAAGCGGAGAAUUCGCGCUCCAGCGUUGAGUCCAACCUUCGCAGCUCUAGCGCUGCUCAUGCACGGCGAUCCGGCACCGGGAUCACCAGCAACGGUGUUCACAAGGUUCUGUUCCCUGAUGACCAUCAAAGUGACGACGAGCCUCCAUGUGAGGGGGUGCUGUAUGCCACCGGAGGUUUCUACAAGGAGAACGGGAGUGUAGUUGGGAGAUUGGGGAACUGUGAUUCCGAUGCCAACAAUCAUAUCUUCGAUGAUGUGAGUGUCAGCAAGUUUGAGAAUGGAGGGACUCAUUCAGGUCUUGAUCCGUAUGUUGAAUCAAUUGCAUUGCUACAGUCGGCACAGGAAGCACUUGAGAAUGAGAUCCAGAAGUUUGUGGAGAUCAGGAAGGAAACUGGCGAAAAUUCCACAACUCACCACAGUGAAACCGAAUGGAGCAACUCACCCCAUCCUGAUGAAUCUGUAGAAGAAUUAAGUGAGAAAAUAAAGAUACUCGAGUCAAAACUGGAAGAAGCGACCAUGCUCAUCAAUGAUCGGGAUUCAAAAAUACUUAAACUGGAUGCACUCAGCCAGAUACAACCACUGGAUACCGUGGAAUGUAACAGCGAUCUGCUGUCUCUGCAGUCUGAUGUAGAUCAACUGCUCUUGGAGAAAAUGGAGGCUGAGAUUCAGUGCUUUAUCCUUACAAGAGCUUCGCAGGAUUGGAAACCCCCAAUAAAGGAUCAAUUUGCUCUUUACGAGGCACAGAAAUCCCUGACAGGGGAUCGCAAAUCCUUAGAAACUAAGCUGCGUCACACCGAGAACAGGGCGAUGAUGCUCGAGGAGAUGGUGGAUAAACUAGAGUCACAGUGCAAGGAGCUCUCUGAGACUUCAGAAGUCCUGAAGCUGCAGGCCAGAGCAAGCAGAGCAUCCUUGUUCUGCUCCAUCCAGUUUGUGCUGCUCUGCAUAGCCAUGGGGACCCUCCUCAUUCGCUUCCUGCCCUCUUCUCCGGAGAUUGUACCUACUUGAGGUUAGAAAAUUCUGCCAGUCAGCCUUUGUGUAGACAUUGUUGAAAGAUUGUUUACUGUAAUUUAUUAGCCAUCAAUCGCCCUUACAAAUUUUCGUUUUUGUACCAUCAACUCGAUUUUGUUAGUAAUCUCUUUAUGAAUUUACUGUACUUCUUCUGGGUUCCGUGGAUUCUGUAAAUGCCACUUGUGUAGCUUUUCCAUGGCCUGUGUUCACAAA